CAAAGGAAAAAUUGUAUAGUCAGCAAACAGCAAAGAAUGUAAGUAAAGAAAAUAAAAGUGGUAAUUAUUAAAAUUGAAAUUAUUAAAAUGCAGGGGAAAGCACAAGACGGCGGAGCAAAGCAAAAAUAUGUAGGAUUUCAUGGAAGUAAAUCCAGACAUAGCGAAAGGCUUCUUCAGAGGAGACAAAGUGUCUCUUGAGGAAAAGUGGCGCCAACUAACGGAAUCGUUGAAUAGCCAAGGACCACCAAUAAAAAACACAAAUGAGUGGAAGAAGACCUGGGGUGACUGGAAAAGUGAAGUGAGGAAGAAAUUGGCACACAACAGAAGAGAGGCCGUGGCUACCGGAGGCGGCCCAUUUAAAAAGUACACUUUGUCGGAGGCGGAGGAAACGGUAGCAAGAAUUUCCGGACUGUACGCUGUUGUAGAAGGCAUAUCAAUGUCCACUUCUUUUGGAACUGGGGAGGAGGCAGUAUCCGCGCCCGAUUUAAGCGAUGAUGAUUUGCCUACCACAUCCGCAAGAGCCCGUGAGGAGAAAACCAAUCCGUCUCCGACCCCAAAGAGGUAA